UAUUGUUUUGUUUUGAUUUUUAUUUUUCAUUUGAAUGACAUUUUAUGAAUGUAUUGAAUUUGCAAAAAAAAAUAAUUCUACAAAUCUAUCUAUAAAAUAAUAGCCAUGUCUUCGUGUUUUGAGAACUGUAUCGGACGGUUACAAGAUGAUGAAAAUCGUAAUAAAAUAACCAGCAUUGUUGCUGGAUCAUUUUUUGCCAUUGGUUGGUGGAUUAUAAUUGACAUAUCUUCACGAUAUUAUUAUCCAGAUUUUAAUAACGCAUACCAUGUUUGUGGAGUACUGGCUACCAUUUCUUUAUUGAUGAUCAACUCAGUCUCUUCAAGUCGUAUUGAAAUGUAUUCAUAUGGUGGCGGUGAUUACACUGUUCAUAUUUGGCUAUUUAUCGGUUUUGUUCUUGGAUUUGGUAGUUUAAUCGCUUCAUUGUGGAUAUUGUUUGGAGCCUAUGUCGUAACGGGUGUCAACAUUUUACCAGGACUAGGGAUAUUCUUUCAGAAUUUAUUCAUAUUUUUAGGGUCAAUCAUUUUUAAAUUUGGUCGCAGAUAUGACGAAUUUUGACCGCAAAACUGAUUCUUCUUCAUUUGAUCUGCUUCAUAUAAAAUGGUUUUAAAAUGACAAAUUUUUUCCCAAAAAAAAUCAUAUUGUGUUUAAUUUUGA